AUGAAUAAACAACAAGCUGUUGUGAAUUUUAAUAAUAUUUUGAUGUCUUUACUUGAAGAAGAGGAAGACGAAGACAAUAUGUUAGAAUUUUUAACGAUGAAGAAGAAAAGAAAAUCCACAAAACCUAUGUUUUUAGUGAGGGAACAGGAAGGAUUUUACGAAAAACUUAUUAAAGGGCACUUAUUGAACGACGAAAAAUUAUUUCGAGAGUUUUUUAGAUUAAAUUUAAAACAGUUCAAUUUUGUUUUGUCACUAGUGAAAAAUGAUAUCUCUUCUGAGCCAUACAAUCGAGUACAACAACCGAUUACACCUGAAAAAAAAUUAGCAUUAAUGUUGAGAUAUAUUGCGACCGGAGAAUCAUUUCGCUCAUUAUCAUUUUCGUUUCGAAUUUCUAAUAGCUACAUAAGCAAAAUCGUCAAAGAAACACUGGAAGCUCUGAAAGUCAGACUUAUGCCAAUAUUUCUACCCAAUACGGAAACCGUCGAUUUUAAGGUUAAAUCUGAGGAAUUUUGGACGAAAUGGAAUUUUCCUAAUUGUAUCCUUGCAAUUGACGGAAAACACGUCCGUAUACGUUGCCCAAGUAAUACAGGAUCCUUGUACUACAAUUAUAAAGACUAUUUCUCAAUAGUAUUAUUAGCAAUGGUAGAUGCUAAUAACAAAUUUGUGGCAGUCGACGUUGGAUCUUACGGGAGAGAAGGCGAUAGUGGUAUAUUUUUGAAAUCUAAUUUGGGGAAAAAAGUUUUGAAUGGUACAUUUGGAUUUCCAGAUGCMAAUGCAUUGCCUGGUUCAGAUACUGUACUACCUUACGUUAUCAUAGGAGAUGAGGCGUUUAGAUUACAUACAUACAUCAUGAAGCCAUACACGAGGAAAUCAGCUAAAGACGAUGCUUCAAAAGCAGUAUUUAAUUACCGACUAAGUCGAGCGCGUCGUGUAACUGAAAAUGCAUUUGGACUAUUAAGUCAAGUAUUUCGUGUUUUUUAUCAAACGAUUAAUAUCAAUCCCGAUACUUGUGAUAGUAUGAUAGUUGUUGCCUGCUGCCUUCAUAAUAUGUUGAGAGAAGGGUAUUUGGAAAAAAAUGGAAGUGUUUUAUAA